AUUGCGACCGGCGGUCGGGGAAAAUUUGUUGAACUUGCGAGAGAAAAGGACGCGAUAUUCCGGCAUGCAGUGACCAAUAAUAACAGGGCCACGUCUCCCGAAAUUCGUCUACAGCGGAUGGCCAUUCAAUAUUCCUAGAAUAGACUUGUGCGGGCUGAGAGACACGGAGAAGCAAGGACCUUCGCAAAGUGAGAAACGUUUUAGUUUACAGAUCAGCAGAAAAUGUCGGUGAACAAGAAAUAUAUGGACUUGUACCUCACAGAGGUGUACAAGAAAUUCAUAGCAAUAAAGGAUGAGGACUAUAAAAAGUCGCAGGAUAUCUUCAAGAAGGUUUUUGAUCAAGUCAAACAGAAAAUGGGCGAGAAUUGCAACUACUUCAAUAAGUACAGCAAAGAGGUCUUAUACGGCGGCAGCGUAUCCGACGGCAUAAAAGUGUCAAAACUAGACGAAUUUGACAUGGACAUAGUGAUCCGGCUACCCAUAAACUACGAGCAGGGCGAGGACGGCAUCUGGCUCGAGACUGACAUCCCCGGCUACGUGCGAAUGAAGAUCACUAACGCGUUCGACCAUAUGGACAAGCAGCCGGACUGGGAGAAGUGCCACAAGGUCACUAGGGAGUGGAGGGACAACGACAAAUACUUCCUCCAGAAUAAAUUCCGCGCCUGGAUGCACGGCAUCGUACAACGCGCCGUCAACGACAUGAAAGGGGAGGUCCGGGUAAACGGGGACCUCUACUUGCUCAGCUACAAAUCUUCCGGCCCGGCCUUCACACUGAACGUGAAGAACGGACCUGAUGUACCCCCCUUCAAGUUGGAUGUGGAUCUGGUGCCGGUUAUAAGGUUCUCGGUACCGCGAUGGCCUGAUGGAUACAGACAAGUCGAAGGCAGCCAAUGUCGUGACUGGCUGGUGGUGCCGAAACCCAACAAGGGCCUCGAGGACACGCAGCAGAACCGGUGCUGGCGGCUCUCCUUCCAGGACUUCGAGCGGGACAUGAUGAAGGGGUGCCAGCAACUCAAGAGCACCAUACGACUGGUAAAGAAGCUACGCGACGCCCUCGGCCUAAAAUACAUCGCGAGCUACUACAUCAAGACCCUUUUCCUCUGGAAGAUCACGCAAGAAAACGACCGCAAAUACUGGCAGAACAAGAUCUCCUUCCUCUUCCAAACUAUGCUCGAGGAACUACACAGCGCCAUCGUGAAUAAAGAAAUCAAAUACUUCUGGAAUGAAGAGCUCAAUCUCAUCGAGGGUCUGAAACCCUCCUUGCAAAAACUCUACGCGGAAAAACUCCUAGAUGUAAUCAAUUCUCUGAAAGCCGGCGCCAUUGAAAAAGUUGUCGCAGCGUUGCUGAACGCCGAAGAACUAUCGGGGUAUAAAGAAACAGAAUUUUACGAACAACAUCUGGCCGUUCUUAAUAAUGCAACAUUGAAACGCCAGAGUUCAGUGAAAUCCGUAAGUAGUACUGGCAGCAACGGGAGUCAGGAUGAAACUGACGCGAAAAACAAUCAAAUCGACGCGAUCGGUCUAAAAACGCUUAUAUCGAAGAUGGAUAAGUUGUCGGACAAGUUUGAUAAACUGAGUGUGUGUUUGUUGGAUAAAGUGGACGCGCUGUCGGAAAAAGUUGACGCUUUGGCGGAUAAGGUGGCUCUGCAGGAGAUGAAAUUGCAGGGGUUGAGUAAGAACAAUGUCGAAAAAGAUAUGGUGUUGAAUCUUCUGGGCGCUGACGCGCUGCCGGCGGGAUUCUCGGAUGUGGUGCAUUAGACAAACUUGGUUUUGACAGUCAGUGUCAUUAGUAGCAUAUAAGACAACACGUCAAAAGUUCUUCCAAGUUUUUAAAAAAGUUUACAGUUUAGUCCUAAAGAUAUCCGUCAUACAAAAUUUUUACGUAAUAAAUAAGGAGGAAAACUGUCAUAAGUAGAAUGUAGAUAAGUUAACGUCGUGUGUGCCUCACCCACUACUUUUAAUACUUAGGUUUUACA